AUGGCCGAAGGGGAAAUCACUGCCUUCACCGCCCUGACCGAGAAGUUCAACCUUCCCCUGGGGAACUACAAGAAGCCCAAACUCCUGUACUGCAGCAACGGGGGCCACUUCCUACGGAUCCUUCCCGACGGCAAAGUGGAUGGGACCAGGGACCGCAGCGACCAGCACAUUCUUUUGAGACUUACGGCUUUGGAAAUGCACUCAC